AAUGGAAUUAUUUGAUGUUAUAAGAGAUAUCGGUAUAUUUAUUUUAUAUAUAUUCAUAGGAUUGUUAUCUACUUAUGACUCUCAAUUUUAUGUUGCUUCAAUGAUUUUGAUAACUGAAUACUUGCAUCACUAAAAUAUUAUUUAUAGAGACAUCAAACCAGAAAACUUUAUGGUUGAUGAUAAAGGAUUUCUUAAAUUAAUUGAUUUAGGAACUGCUAAAAUUAUCAAAGGAAAAUAAGGAAUUAUUCGUACAUAUACAAUUAUUGGAACUCCUCAUUGUAAUUUAUUGAAAUUACAUUAUAGAUAUGGCUCCUGAAAUAAUCUGUGGUAAGGGUUACAAUUGUUUAGUGGAUUUGUGGUCUAUUGGCAUUUGUUUAUAUGAAUUUAUGUGUGGAAUGGUGCCUUUUGGAGAGGAAGCAGAGGAUCCUUAUGAAAUUUAUGAAGAAAUUAUUAAAAAAGAUAUUACCUAUCCAAAUUAUUUGAAAGACAAAAAAGCCAAAAAACUGAUGGAUUAGUAUUAAAAUUUAAUAAUUUUAGAUUACUUUCUCGUGUUCCUGAAGUCAGAUUGGGAGGUUCUUAUGCUUCCCUUAAGGGAAAUCCUUGGUUUGAGAACUUUGAUUGGGUAUAUGAAACUAUUAUAUCUUAGGAAAAAUUAUUGGAAAAAGAAAUAAAGACUCCUUAUUUACCACCCGCAGAUAAAUUAUUACCAGAAUUAGAAAUAAAAUCUCUAGAAUAAAAUGGCAAGAUGAUUGAGGAAGAAAUAAAAGUAUCUAAAUAUAUAUAUUUACUAAUUUAUAGUAAGAAUAAGCUGUAAGAUAGAUGGAUGGGCAAAAUUAAGGAGAUUAAGGAUGGGAAAAAGACUUUUGA